AUGACUCAGAAUGUUUCACUUCACAAUCAUAAUCUGUUCCAAGGAACCAUAGAGAUGGAACAGUCACAGUUGGCUCAUGCUAUUGAUAGAGAGGAUUAUGGAGAUGCUGCUAGGCUUAAGGUGGCAAUUGCAGCUGCAGCAACAAAUGACACUGUUGGGAGAGUAAUGUCCCAUCUGAAGAAAGCUGUUCAGGAAGAACGUUAUGGCGAUGCAGCUCUUGUACGUGAUUAUGCUGGUGCUGGAUUGGUUGGAUGGUGGUCUGGAAUUUCAGAAGACAGUAAUGACCCUUAUGGUCGUAUUAUUCAUAUCAGUGCGGAGCAUGGGCGAUAUGUAGCCAAAAGUUAUAGUCCUAGGCAGCUUGCCACAGCAUCAGAUGGUGCCCCUCUGUUUGAGAUAUUUCUUACAAGAAAUAAUAAAGGAGAGUAUAAGCAGCAGGCUGUUUACUUAAAACGGAGAGGAGCUCAGCAGAAUCUCUCAAUUCCAUCUUUUAUGUCAUCAGGAGUUACCAGUAACAUGGACUCUCUAAAUGCAACUGAAAACAAAAAUGGGCUGUUAGAUAAAAAUACUAAAAACACAGAAGAUGGUGAUGACAGUGAUGAUGAUUCUGGUUUUGAGAAUGUCUUGCGGGACAUGAUUCCUGGGGUGAAAGUCAAGGUCGUGCAAGUAACAACUCCAAUAAAAGUGGACAGGGAUCUAAUAUCAAAGGCGAUUGAACAGAUAAUAGAUGAAGAAGAGGAAGAAAAGGACUUUGAUUUAGAAAAUGUCGAAGCUGAAGAUGAAAUCAAAGGUGAAACUGAUGAUGAGCAAAACGAGAUUGACAUUGACGCUGGUCAUGGAAUUAGUGAUGGUGAAGAGCAAAGUCAAAUUUCAGUUAAGGUGGUUGUGGGUGAGGGUCUCAUACAGAAAUUUUCCAGUGGUGCACACCAUAAAGACUUAGUUCGGGUACCUGCCAGGCUGCGGAAAAAAGGUCGCUUGUCAUUUACUUUUACUGUUGAGGAAGAUGAUGAUAAACAUAUCUCUUGCGGUGAUGGGCAGUCUCCAUUGAAUAAAAAUGCCAAGCUUCAAGGUCAACGUAGCAUGGACCUUGUUAUGCUUGAUCUUGUCAAGUCCAUCAGCAAGGGAAAGAUACCCAUGAAGGUGCUUAAAGAUGUUGGUGAAUUAAUAAAUCUCACUAUCAGUCAAUCUCGAAAUCGUCAGCCACUUUCUGGGUCAACCACAUUUAACCGCAUUGAGUUUUCAGCAUCUCCAGACCCACUGAAUGGACUCUAUAUUGGUGCACAUGGGCUUUACACUUCAGAAGUUAUUCAUCUUAGACGCCAAUUUGGUCAAUGGAAAGAUGAUGAUAACUCAAAGAAGCCAUCAAAAGUAGAGUUCUAUGAGUACGUUGAAGCUGUGAAAUUAACUGGAGAUCCUUAUGUACCAGCUGGCCAGAUAGCAUUCCGUGCAAAAGUUGGCAAGAGAUAUCAGCUUCCUCAUAAAGGGAUUAUUCCAGAAGAAUUUGGGGUGGUUGCUCGAUAUAGGGGACAGGGGAGGCUGGCUGAGCCUGGAUUUGGUAAUCCUCGAUGGGUUGAUGGUGAACUUGUUAUCCUGGAUGGAAAGUACAUCAAAGGAGGACCAGUUGUUGGCUUUGUUUAUUGGGCCCCUGAAUAUCAUUUCUUGGUGUUUUUCAAUCGGUUAAGAUUGCAGAAUUGAGUUCCUUUGGCCAUAAGUUCGAGAUUGUUAUUCUCUGCCCACUUCUGGUUAGGUGGUAAGUCCUGGGUGAAGAGCAGUCAAGUAGCCGAAAAAUCGCAGCUUUUGUAACUCCAUUUCACACUAUAGCGAGCAGAACAUGUAAUCGAUGAAAAUAACCACUGAAGGUUUAAGAUGUAAUGGUUUUUGGCUUUCCUUGUAUGCUGGUCUAGCAGCAAAUAUUGAAGCUGCCCUUCACUAUUAUACGAGGGAUUUUCAUUUCUUCCGCAGUGUAUAUAUCUUCUGCUUGACUAGUACAUAUUUCCUCAUACCUUGAUUAUUCAUAUACACUUUCGCAAUUACUAAUAUGAAGAAAUGUAGUGAUGAUUAUGAGCUUUAA